AUGUUGGUCUAUACUGUCGCGAUGCAGGUUGUUCAAGAGCUGCUCACGCAGUACCAUUCUUCAUUGUACGGUCUGACCAUUAGGCAAAUCAUGACGCUGAUAAAUGAGCGCCUGAAUUUCUCUAUUUUUCUAUGGCCGGGACAGUACUACCGAAAAUAUAGAGCCCCAGCUAUGGUACAAAGGCUGGCACCCAGAAUCGCCAUGUCCUUCAAUCUUCUCAACCAGCAGUUUCCGCACAUUAAGUCCACAAGGGAGAAGCCGAUAGACAACUGGUUGGCUUUCUUGAAUGUGCGCAUUUGCGCAUUUACUUCCGGAAUGGGGUAUGGAAGACAAAGUGGUAUCGAAAACCCAGUAGCAAUACAGGCUUCAAAUGGGUAA